AUGCGCUUGUCAUUGCCCAUUCCACGUCUUCUAUCAACGCUCCUGCUAGCACAAUACUCAACACCGGCUCUCGCCAUUCCGACGACACGGCGAACCGGAAGUUUAUCCUUCCUCCCCGACGAAUCCCUUUUCACAUUCUCCUAUUCCACCGUAGAAGCUGACGCGAAGAACUGGAUCGGCAUCUACCCCGCCUCGGGCGGCGGGCCAGAGAACCAGACAUUUGUAGAGCCGUCGCUGGUCUGGGGGUAUGCGCCUGAGGCCGAGGGGACAGUCAAGAUUGAGGGGUCGGGGUUGGUACCUGGCGACUACCGCGCCUUCUUCCUCGCCAUGGACGGGUACGCAUGGCUCGCUUCACCGACGGAGGUUAGAGUGCCCUACGCUUCUGGGCCGGUUGCUUUCCUCCUCGAUGAGAUUACGUUGAAGAAUGCACGGGUCGCUGACGGGUACGAGGCGCGGAUCGACGGUUUGAGGAGCCAAGGGGGAUGUUCCGAGGUGACCUUUCACAAGGUCAAAGGGAGCGAAUGGAUUGCUGUGUCAGCGGACGGACUCAUGUCCGGCACGCCUGACCGCGCAGGUUCCGCGAGAGUCACGGUCGAGCUGGCUGCCGCUGCAGAUGGAACAUCUGACCGGUUAGAGAUCACCAUCCCCGUCAAACCUGCCGGCGCGCCGCUGUUGGAUGAGGUGGCCUUCAUGACUUUCAACCUGUGGCACGGCGGGACGCAGGUGUCCGACUACCACGCAAAGCAAAUCCGCUUCCUCGCCUCCAGCGGCGCGGACGUCGUUGGCGUGCAGGAGGGUACUGGCGGGCACGCUACUCGGCUUGGGGAGGCCUUGGGGUGGUACUCGUGGCAGGGUGGCGAUGUGGGCUUCGUGAGCAGGUAUCCGCUUGCAGAGGCCGGAGCACACGAGGGCGGUACGUAUGCUGCUUCAGUGAGGGUUUUACUUGACGGGGAGGGGGAGCAGGUUGCGCUGUGGAAUGUCCAUCUGGGAUACGAUCCUUACGGGCCCUAUGAUUUCUGUUUUGAUAAUAUGACGGUGGAGGAGGUGCUCGCGCGGGAGGCCGAGUCGAAGAGGACGCCGCAGAUUACGUCUGUCGUCGGUACCAUGGCGACGCAGUUGGGGAGCGCCGAGGAGAUUUCGGUGGUGCUGAUGGGCGACUUCAACGCGCCUUCGCAUCUCGACUGGGUUGAUGCCACGCGCGGGAUGCACUGCGGGCGUGGGGACGUGCCGUGGCCCACGUCCGUGGAGCCUACCGGGGCCGGACUGGUUGACUCGUAUCGGGUCGUGUAUCCGGACCCGCGGGCGAGGCCGGGUAUCACGUGGUCGCCUAUUUAUCAUGAGAAUGAAGGGCGACCGGAGCCGAUGGACAGGAUUGAUUUUGUGUAUUUUAGGGGGAGUAAGUUGGAAGUUGUCGGGUCGGAGGUGGUGGUUGUGGGGGAGCCGGCGCCGGAGCCGGGGCAUGAGUGGAAUGAGUGGACUUCGGAUCAUGCUGCUGUUUUGACGAGGUUUAAGAUUGGUAAUUAG